CAUUCUUCAACACACAAUUCAACAACCUAUCUUUUCUUCUCUUCAUCUUCUUCUUCUUCUCUCCGAUCAUGUUGAGGAAGAGACCCUCUCCAAUGAUCGGAAAAUUGUCGGAACUAUUGGUCUCUGGUGGCCGUAUGAUGGACACCACCGGAAGCCCAAGAGGACCAUUAGACACAAAGAUGCAAUCACCAAGAGGUCUAAAAAACUAUGACCUUGGUGGUGUUGGUCUCAAAAUUGUGGCAGCUCUUGAUAACAAUAAAACAUGUGAAGUUUUGCCUAAACAUGCUGUUUGUACCUCGAAUUUGAACCGAUCAGGACCUAUCCAAAUUCAAUCUGUGAAAAGCCCAAAUAGGUUUCAGAUGGAUUAUUCAAGUAUGAAUGAAAUUGACAUGGAAAGCAUGGAAGAAGAAUACACAUAUGUGACAUGCCACGUACCUAACAAAACCUUCACUAAGGUUUAUUAUGAUGGUGGUGAAGGUGAUGUUCGGAGACAACAAGGUUAUAACUAUAUUAACAAAAACAACGUUGGUGUUGUAAGAAGAUCAUCACCACCCCCACAAAUUUUCAUUGAGCCGGAACCAAUAUUUCCGACAUCAAGUUUUCUUAAUUCAUGUAACUUAUGCGGAAAGAAUCUUCAUGGAAAAGAUGUUUACAUGUACAGAGGUGAGAAAGCAUUUUGUAGCACAGAGUGUCGUUCAAGUCAAAUAAUGAUGGAUGAACGCAAAGAGAGGUGUGGUUCAGAAGCAUCAAGGUCUGUGGAAUUAUCAAGUUCACCUUAUGCAAGGGAUCAAAUAUUUUCAACUGGAAUUCUUGCAAUUUAACCAUCGAUUAUUGGUAUCAAACUUUGGCCGUGGAAAAUCAAUAAUCCAGAGAUUGAUACUAUUAAGUACAUAAUAUACGGCUAUACUAUGGUUAACUGUAUGUUAUAUUUAAUUAUAUGAGAAUUAAGAUAGAUAGCUCGAUCGUAACCAAAACAAAAAUUUUGAUGAGAAAUAAUCAGAGAGAAGAUGUAUUUUGAUGUACUUUUCCUUUAUGCCAAUCCCAAGAAGGAAUUACGAAUUAUGAUAUCACAAAUCUCAAUUGCAUAGAUCGAUUUGUUCUUUUUU